UAGCCUCACAACCUGCCACAUCGCCUGAUAACAGCAACUUGGGUUUGAGGGGAAAACCAUGGUAGUGCAGAACAUGGACCCAUGAGAUGCCACCCUUCACACCAAAGAAAACAAGCCUCUUCUCUGUUUCCCUCUUCCUGUCAGUUACAGAGACAAUUUCAUCUAAAUGGCAUGCACAAGAGUGGAGAUGUCAUUCUGGGUGGACUGUUUCAAGUCCACUUUUUUUCAAGUGUUGCUGACCUGUCUUUUACCUCAAAGCCACAACAGCCUACUUGCCAUGGUUUUUAUGAACUAGGAUUUAGGCAGGCACAAACCAUGGCUUUUGCUAUUGAUGAGAUCAACAGGAACUCCAACCUGCUGCCAAAUGUAACUCUUGGAUACACUCUUUAUGAUAACUGUGUCACACUUGGAAUUGGAUUCCGCGCAGCAUUGUCAUUAGCCAGUGGUCAAGAGGAAAAAAUUAUAUUAGAUAAUAGAUGUACUGGAAAUCUCCCAGUCAUAGGGAUUGUGGGUGAUUCUUCCUCUACACAUUCUAUUGCCAUUUCCAACGUCUUAGGUUUGUACAGAGUACCCAUGGUGAGUUAUUUUGCCACUUGUUCCUGCCUGACUGACCGUCAAAAGUAUCCAUCCUUCUUUAGAACAAUACCAAGUGAUGCUUUCCAGGUACGUGCUAUGAUUCAGAUUCUAAAACACUUUGGCUGGACUUGGGCAGGUCUUCUUGUCAGUGAUGAUGAUUACGGACUUCAUGCAGCCAGAUCUUUGCAAUCUGAGCUCAGUCUGUCGGGUGAAGGAUGCCUGGCUUACUUCGAGAUUUUGCCCUGGGACAAAGACAUGGAUGAACUCAGGAGAAUUGUGAAUGUGAUGAAAAAGUCCUCAGCUCGAGUUGUCAUUGUCUUUGCACAUCAUAGUCGCAUAGUAAACCUUAUGGAAGAGGUAGUGAGGCAAAAUCUAACUGGCCUACAGUGGAUGGCCAGUGAAGCCUGGACAGAAGCUACUGUGCUCCAAACACCUCAGCUCAUGCCAUACCUGGGUGGUACACUGGGUAUUGCCAUUCGUCAUGGGGAAAUACCAGGGCUCAGGGAAUUCCUCUUACAAAUACGUCCUGACCUACAUCACAAUAACAGCUAUGGAAAUAGCAUGGUGAAUCAGUUUUGGGAAUUCACAUUUCAGUGCAGAUUUGCACCAGCUCCAGCAGGCUGGCUAGAAGGUAGAGGUGCAUUAUGCACUGGAGAGGAAGAUCUGGACAAUGUGGACACUGAGUUUUUGGAUAUUUCCAACCUCCGGCCAGAAUACAAUGUGUACAAAGCUGUAUAUGCUUUAGCGUAUUCCCUUGAUGACAUGUUACGGUGUGAGCCAGGAAGAGGACCUUUCCGUGGGCACAGCUGUGCCACAUUGCAAACAUUGGAACCGUGGCAGCUUGUUUAUUAUUUGGAAAUGGUCAAUUUUACCACUCCAUUUGGUGAUCAAGUGUCAUUUGAUGAGAAUGGUGAUGUGGUGCCAAUUUAUGAUGUGAUGAACUGGAUGUGGCUCCCUGAUGGAAGCAUUAAAGUUCAAACUGUGGGUGAGGUUAAGAGUUCAGCUUUCAAAGGUGAAGAACUCAUACUUGAUGAAGACAAAAUCUUCUGGAACUUUGAAUCCAAAAAGCCACCUCGAUCAGUAUGUAGUGAGAGCUGUCCUCCUGGUACCCACAUGGUGAGAAAGAAGGGGGAACCCAAAUGCUGUUUUGACUGCAUCCCUUGUUCUGAGGGAAAAACCACUAACAAGAGCAAUUCCUUGGAGUGCACCAGUUGUCCAGAGGAUUUUUGGUCAAAUCGCCAGCGUGACCACUGUGUUCCUAAGAAGACAGAGUUUCUCUCCUAUCAUGACCCUUUGGUUUCCUGGACCUGUGACCUACCCGCUGCUUGGGAUGUGCGUGAGUUGGAGUGAGAAAGUGGAGUACGAGUGUGAGAGAGCCUUCCCUUUCCCGGACUUCCACUUUUGGACACUUGGAUCCCUGGAUUU